AUGUCUAAAUGGAGCUGUGAGACCAUUGCUCCAUCUGCCUUGACCCGAUCUCUGCAUUCACUGUCUCGUCCCCCUCUCUCCCCCCCCUCUCGUCCCCCCUCUCGUCCCCCCUCUCGUCCCCCCUCUCGUCCCCCCUCUCGUCCCCUCUCCCCCCCCCCCCUGUUAGCCGUGACCCACAACAGCCGGUUCCAGCUGUGGCGGGAGGGUGUGGCGGCCGGCGGCGGCGUGCAGAGCUUCGCCGAGCUGGGGCUGACGGUGGAGGUGGUGAAGGAGGCCAAGGAGGCCCGGAAGAGGCGGGCGGUGGGGGCCAUGUACCGGACGGCCGGCGUCCCCAACGGCAUCAGCCACAGCUCCACGGAGCUGCUGAUGCAGCCCCGUACCCCGCUGCUCUCGCUGAUGGUGAAGGUGAUUCCAAGCCCUGAUUGGUUCGUCGGCGUGGACAGCUUCAGCCUCUGCGAAGGCGGCCAGUGGAAACAGGAAGUGACCCUUGACCUCCAGCCGUUUGAUGCCGGGACCGACAGCGGCUUCACCUUCUCCUCUCCCAACUACCCGACCGUCCCGGUGGAGAACGUCACGCGGAUCACCUCCCAGAUGCCCCACCACCCCGCCAACUCCUUCUUCUACCCGCGGCUCAAGGAGCUCCCGCCCAUCGCCACCGUCAAGGCCAUCCGCCAGGACCGCUCGUCGGCGCGACAGGUCCCCAUGUCCAAUCACAUCCUGCCCAACUCCAUCAGCCCCCAGAGGUUCUCAGAGACGCCGCUGGACUGCGAGGUGGCGCUCUGGUCCUCCUGGGGGCUCUGUCUGGGCUCCUGCUCCCGCGGGGGGGUCCGCCACCGCAGCCGCUACAUCCUGCUGCGGCCCGCCAACGCGGGCACGCCCUGCCCCGAGCUGGAGGAGCAGGCCGAGUGCACGCACCACAACUGCCUGAGGCGGCAGUAGUGAGUCGUAGUGAGUACGACUCACUGGGGCGGCUACUCACGUUACUGCUGGACUGAGACGAAGACGACGCCGCUGAGAGGACGACGACGAUGAAGAGGACGACGGCGAUGAAGAGGACGACGGCGAUGAAGAGGACGAUGAGGAUGCGGUCUUAAUCUGAAAAAACGUGCACGUUAUCACUUCUCAGGCGAUGCUAUCCAGACUUUGUUGCUGUUGUUCCUUCUGUCCCUUUGGGGUAAGGACAUCACCGGUCGUUUGGCUUUGGUGUGCGUGGAAGAGGGGUUGUUGAGGGAUGCCUGUUUGUGUUGCCCUGCGUCCCCACAGGAUUAGAUGAAUGAUGGUUCUACUUAACUCACUCCUCUGCUGGGGUUUCAGAAGACGCUAAUAUAAGGGCUUUCUAGAAAUGUCCCUAAAACUAAAGUGGGAACUUAUAAAAAGUGGAUUGUAUUUGUAUAGCCCUUAAUCACAGUUCCAGUCUCAAAGGGCUUCCCAGGCCAACAGUAUACCAAUAGAGUCCGAGGGAGGACGCCUUGAGAGGGAACACAGGAGAGGGUCACUCCUUCCAGAGGAGAAAAGAUGGAUGACCAAUGUAUGUCUUCAAUGUCCCUAAUAUGUACAGUUGCUAGUGGUUCACCAGUGGACAAACAUCACAAAUGCACAUUAUCUGUGAUAGGAAAGACACAGACACACACACACACACACACACACACACACACACACACACACACACACACACACACACACACACACACACACAAUCACACAGAGGUUUUGCACAUGCUUCUGAAGGCAUGGGGUCAUUAGUUUACAUAGGUAACCUACAGGCCUAUAUGCAGUGCUUUUAAAAUAACUCCUGCCUGAUUUAUAAAUAUCGCCACGAGAAACAUCUCAUUGCUCUUGUUGAAAUAGAAACGUCUGUUUGGAAUUUCUAGCCCACUUGAAAAAGAAGUGCAGGGUUUUAUAGCUGGUUAUAGAUUUGUAUUUAUCACUUUUGAUAUAGGAAACCAUGUUGAGAUUUUGUACAUAUUUUAAGGUGUAUCUUGUAUAUUUCAUAAAUAAAUUCGGAGGAGGCUAUAAAGGUGA